AGUAUAGUAUAGUCGAGCAGUCGACAGUCGUAUUCGUUAUAGAGUAGUGGUAAAGAGGAUUGUCGAUAAUAGCGCUGCAGUUUGGUGCAGUCUGACAACUCCCAUUGUAAGAGUUAACUGUGUUUCUCUUGUGUGUUACUACUAAAAUACACUCGAAUAAAUAAAAAAAAAUUCAAAAUGUUACGUUUUUCAACCGGUUUUUGGGUGCUUUAUGUGUAUAUUCAAAUAUUUUGCAAUAUUCAGAUAACAUAUGCAACAGACAGUAGUUUAGAUAGUGUUGGAGCAAUUGGUAGUCCAGCAAUGCUACAUUUUGAGCCACAAGUAGCUGUAAUGUGUGAUUCUGGACCACAAGGACCUGAAUAUUUCCAUUCACAAUACAUGACUGAACAGGGACAUUGGCAAACUGAUUUAACAUCAAAACCAAUAUGUCCAAAAGAAAAAAUGAUGAUUUUAGAUUUUUGUAAAAAAGUAUAUCCAAAACGAGACAUUACAAAUAUUGUUGAAAGUAGUCAUUACAUGAAAGUGAGUAAUUGGUGUCGAUCUGGUGCAAGUAAUAAUGACCAAGCACGUGGAAAAUGCAAAACACAACGUUGGAUCAAACCGUUCCGAUGCUUGGAGGGGCCAUUCCAAUCUGAUGCGUUAUUAGUACCCGAAGGUUGUGCAUUUGAUCAUGUACAUAAUGCUACACGAUGUUGGCCAUUCUCACGUUGGAAUGGAACAGCUGGUGCAGCUUGUAAUGAACGUGGUCUGCAGUUACGAUCGUUUGCAAUGUUGUUACCAUGUGGAAUUUCAUUGUUUAGUGGUGUGGAAUUUGUAUGCUGUCCAAAACAUUUCAAAGAUAAUAUGAAAUCAAAGAAAGUCAUUGACGUGUCAAGUAUGAAAAAUUCACCAUUUGCAGCAAUGGCUGUUGCACCUACCGAUGAUUCAUUAGAAUCAGAUCAAGAUCAAGAUGAUGUUGAUGAUACUGAUUUAGAUGAUGAUUUAUCUGAUGAUCGUGAAUUUGCUGAUGAUCCAAAUGCAGGAGAUAAUAACAAUACCGACGAAGAUGAUGAUGACGACGAAGACGAUUAUUAUGAUGAAAACGAUACAGAUUACGUGACUCCUUCAAAUAACAAAAAUGUUGUAGGUGGAGCUUCAACAAAACAAACAUCAUCUUCCACAACUUCAUCAACGACAACUUCAACUACUACAACUACAACCACUACUCCAUCAACCACGACAACCACAACAGAAAAAAGUACGCCAAUACCAACACCAGAUCCAUAUUUCACACAUUUCGAUCCAAGAAUUGAACAUGAAAGUUAUAAACAAGCCCAAGAACGUUUAGAAGAAACACACCGGGAAAAAGUAACAAAAGUUAUGAAAAAUUGGUCUGAUUUAGAAGAACGAUACCAAGAUAUGCGUGCAUUAGAUAUAAAUGCAGCAGAUGCAUUUAAAGCUCGUAUGACACGACGAUUCCAACAGACUGUGCAAACUUUGGAAGAUGAAGCUGAUGCGGAGAAACGACAAUUAGCUGCUAUGCAUCAACAACGUGUUCUAGCGCAUAUCAAUCAACGGAAAAAAGAAGCAAUGCAAUGUUAUACACAUGCAUUAAAUGAACACAAUCCAAAUACACAUAAAGUACAAAAAUGUUUACAAAAAUUAUUGCGUGCAUUACACAAAGAUCGUGCUCACGCUAUAGCACAUUAUCGUCAUUUAUUAGCAUCAAGCAUUGAAGCUGCAUCACGCGAACAACCACGAAUAUUAGAACGUUUAACCGACGUCGAUCAUACAGUGAAUCAAAGUAUGCAAAUGUUACAACGUAUUCCAGAAUUAAACAAUAAAAUUGGACAAUUAAUGACUGAUUACAUACAAGCAUUACGUUCGAAAGAUGAUACUCCUGGCUCAUUGUUAGCAUUAACACCCGAAGCUGAAGCUGCAUUAUUAGAUAAAUAUCGUAUGGAUAUUGUAAAUAAACAAUUAGAACGCAAACAACAAAGAAUACAGGAACAACAACGUAAAGAACAAAGGAAAAAGGAACGUAAUGAAAUACAACAUGAUGAAAAGAAACGUGUCGAAGCUGUUCUAGGUAAGAAAAUCACCGAUUUUGAUGAUGCCGAUGAUAUGGAAUAUGAAAUUGAUCAACAAACCUUCUCAUCAACACAGUCAUCUUCAACUUUAUCUGAAAAUGGCACUGAAAAAUCAACAGAAACACAUACAGCUUAUGUAGAUGACGCUGCUGUGCAAAGAGCUGUUGAAGAAGCGUCUGCGGCAAUUGAACAUCAAGAGAUUGUACGAGUUGCACAUGCAAUGCGACAUGAUAUCAGUCAUGAACCGUCAUAUUCUGUGCGACGAGAAGUAUAUGGUCAUCACGAAAGUGGUCGCAGUGUUUACUUCACAUUAGCAUUCGCUGGUCUAGCAUUAAUGGCAGCCGCCGUAGCUGGUGUUGCCGUUGCAGCUAGACGACGGGCCGCUCGUCAUCCACAUGCACAUGGUUUUGUGGAAGUAGAUCAGGCAGCAACACCUGAAGAACGACAUGUAGCUAAUAUGCAAAUUAAUGGUUAUGAAAAUCCAACAUAUAAAUAUUUUGAAGUGAAAGAAUAAA